GAGGCGACCCACAAUUUGCUUCAAAAUGUAACAUCCGGAACGAUAAAUACGAAAAAUUCAUGGGCAUGGCUUCAGCUAGGGUUAAGUUAUUUAGAACAAGAAGAUAACAGCAAUGCUAUAGAUAACUUACGAUCUGUAGUGAGAAUUCAACCAAAAAAUGUUCACUGUUGGGAAGCAUUAGCUGAUGCUUAUCUUAUAAGAGGUUCAUAUACAUCAGCCCAAAAGUGUUAUGAAAAAUCUUUAGAAUUAGUUGAUAAUAUACUGUAUCCAUUGUUUCAAAUUGCUAAUAUUAAAAAGAUACUUGGUCAUUUUGCUGAGGCUCAGGUUAAUUUUGAAGAAAUAUUACUUUCAAAUGAACAUUAUGUACCAGCUUUAAAGGGAUUUGCUGAAACAUGUAUAUAUCAAGCUAAGGAAUGUUACAAAGACCAAAGACUAGGGACUGCCCGGAAUUAUGCACAACUUGCACUGGAAAAAUUAAUCCUAGCAAUUCAGCAAAGAAGUGACAUGUCGUGUUUGUGGAAACUGCUUGCAGAUAAUUGUUUAUUUGUUGCGAAACUUCCAAAUAAGUAUUGUCAUAUGCUUAUACCGAUUUUUUUUCUUGAACACGAAGAGUUGGAAGGAACAACAGUUGCUGAAUCUCAGGAUUUAUAUAUUGUGGCAUCAAGUUUUGAAUUUCCCGCUAAUUCCACUCAUAUGCUGACAUUGAUGCAAUUCCGAAUAAAAACGAUGUAAUGCUCUUUGGAG